AUGGAGACCCCCUUUGGCGUCGCCCUGCGGGGACCCUCGGACGCCCUGGGCGAGGCCAGCCUGCGCUUCCUGCCCAACACGUCUGUCCGGCAUCCAGACCCGCCUGGGACCAGCGGGGGGUGGGAGGGAGGGAUGCCCCCCCUUUCCCGGAGCGUGAGUCAGGCGGACCAGGCAGGGUGGGGCAGGAACUGGCUGCCUGGAGAGACCGGCUGCUGCCUGCGCGUAAAAAUUUCCAGCGGAAUCGGGGAAAGAGAGAGAGAAAGAAUUUCCUGUGCCGAAGUUUUUGGAGAUCUCCGGGCCCGGCAUGAGGGCUCGGACUCCUGGGUUCUUUUUGCUCCUCCUCCUCCUCCCGCACCCCAGCAGGACGGCCCCAUGCUGAGCUUGGAGAGACCCCACCCCGGCGGGGAGACCCUGGACGACUCGGACCUGGAAGCGGAGGACGAGAGAGAUGGUCUCCGCCGGGACGAGGCGCCAGGUCAGUCGGUGCAGGGACACCCCACUUUUUUGUAGAUUGUGGGUUAAUUAGGGGCAGGAGUUGGGGGUCCCCUAACGGGUCCAGCCUCCCUCUCUCCCCAGGUGACCUCAGCCCCUUCCUGGCCGUCUACGAGCGGAAGCCCCUCCGGACUCAGGGACCCCUUUUUCUUAGGGGGGUCCCCGUCACCGCGCGCGUGGAGAGCGCAGAGAGAUAUGCCAGCGGUUCCAAGGUAAGGGGGCGCCUAAGGGAGAAGUGGGGGGGCCGGGGGCGGAAAUCGAAGGGGCACCCAAGGCUCAUCUAGCCCGCCCCCCAAGCGAUGCGGGAAUCACAGCAAUUAAAUUCACAGAGGCAAAUGAUAUAUAUUAUUUUCCGAAGGCAAGCUGGACUUCCUCAUUCAGCGCAUCCGCUGCAGAGUUACAUAUAACUUUUAUUUUAAUUUUUUUCCCUUGGGAAUGAAAAACAGGACAGUAGGUACGGGUUUUGCCAGCCGGGCAACCUUUGGUUUUUGGGAGGGGGGGGCGCCGCUGCCUCCCCUCCCCCUCCCGGUUCUGCUCCGGGGAGGAUCCUGCAGCCCUGAGCAGACAAGUCAGAGCGGGGCUUUGGUGUCCUGUGAGUCUCAGGUUACAAAGAGACAAAGAGAACCCGGAGAGGGAGGGAAGGAGCUCUCUUUGCAAAUUCAGUUAGCAAGAAACCCAGACCUUUCUCAGUCACUGAGAGAGCAGCAGCAGCAGCAGGAUCAGGCCCAAGGGGGGCCCAGCUAGCCCUGCACCCUGUCCUCACAGGUGCCUCAGCGGGAAACCCGUGAACAGGAUUCAGGCGCAAACAGGAUUCCCGAACUGCAGCGGGUUGGUAUGGAUGACCCCUUGGGGUCCCUGGUCCAACUCUACAUUUAUACAGUUCUGCGAAAUGUUCCCUGGCCACUGAGCCAGGAGUUGGCCAGGUGGCCUUAUUUUCUCUCUUUGCUUGCUUAUUGCAUUGAUAAUCCCAAAUUUUCCUACCAGGAGCUCAUGGUGGCCUAUACCCAGUUUAAUUCCCCAUUCCUCGUUUAAUCCCUGCAACAACCCUGUGAGCUGGUCCAGGCUGAGGGACCCAGGAGGCUUCAUGGCUGAGUGCAGGGAUUCGAACCCUGUUCUCUCCCAGGAACCCGUCCCACACUCUAACCACUACCCCACACAGUUGCUCCAGCCCCCCAAUCCUUUUUAUGAAUCCGUAAGCGCUUUAACUCCCAAUUAGCUUAGGCUGAGAGGCAGGGACUGGCCCCCAAACUCACACCCGGUGGGUCCUCACUCCAAGGUCCUAGUCCUCAAGGAAUGCCAGCAACAACCCUGUGAGGUGGGCCAGGCUGAGAGCUGAGUCCAGUGAGAGCUUUGUGGUCAAGUCGCGGGAUCUGAACCCAGGUCUCUCCCAGGUCCUCAAAUUACACUCCCCUCCGUGUAAACGGUGGUGGCAGACUCCCCUUCCUUGGAGGUUUUUAAGCAGAGAUGGGGUGACCCUGGGUCAUGGAUGCUUUAGCUGAGAUUCCUUCGUUGCAGGGGGUUGGUAUGGAUGACCCCUGGGGGUCCCUGCCAACUGCACAAUGCUAUGUUUCCAAAGCAGGUCUUGUGCGGCUGAGCCUGGCAUAGGAAAACUCAGCCCUCCAGACGUUUUGGGACUACAACUCCCAUCAUCCCUAGCUAACAGGGCCAGCGGUUCAGGGAUGAUGGGAGUUGUAGUCCCAAAACAUCUGGAGGGCCGAGUUUGCCUCUGCCAGGCUGAGCCGUGGGCAUCUCCUCUUGGCUGGCAACAGUAUGCAAAUAGUAUGCAAAUAGGUUCCCCCUCCAUGUCCGUUACGCAAAUGAGGUGUGGCUUUUGCUGACAAGCUGUUUCUCAACAAAACAGAAAGUGCUGCACAGAUUUCUUAAUUGGUCGACACCGAGAGACUCAGCUGAAUGUUGGAGGGAUUUGGGGCAGAGGGAGAAAUUAAAGGACUUCUUCGGUGCGGAGUUAGACUGUGGAACUCUCUCCCACUGGAGGCAGAGAUGCUUCUCAGUGCCAGUUUCUGGAAACCCCACGUCUGCUUGCUGGUUCCCCACCAUGGGCCCUUGGCUGGCCGCCGUGAGAGUGCUGGCCAAGAGGGGCCACGGGGCCGGACCCUGCAAGUCCCUUCUGAUUCUUGCAAAUCGGUUGUCUCUCAGCCAAACAGCCAGGCAGAUUCCCCCCCCCCCCCAAGAAAUCUACCGUCUCGAAAUCCUUUGCCUUCCAUGGAUCUGGGCCAUUGUGGGGCGCUUUGCCCAGAUCUCUGGCCUGAUCCUGCACCCAGACCUUUCCCCCAACUGCUCCCGCUGCCACCAGCCGUUGCUUCUCCCAUUUUUAUUUUUCAAAAUGUGAUUUUUAUUGUGUUUGUCAUCGUAUCUACCGAAAUGAGGCUGCAUUUUAAUGUUGUGUUUUCAUCUUGUGUUUAAGUUGUAUUUUAAUCAAUUGUUUUUAUACCUGGUGUUAGCCGCCCUCAGCCCGGUCUUGGCUGGGGAGGGCGGGGUAUAAAUAAAUAAAUUUAUACACACACACAUACACAGGGUUUUAUAUAUAUAAUAUAUAUAUAUAUAUACUGUAUACAUAGUUUCUUCUGGACUUCCCAUCCACCCUUUCCGGAUGUUUGUUUGUUUCCUCCUUUUUUUCUUAGCUGUCUCAUAUCACAUAUGUUUGAAUUAUCUAAGCCCCAAUAUCGAUAGCUGUUGCUUGUCCCUUCCAGAGCUCAAGCUGCUCUCCGGCUCCUCAAGUGGCAGGGAGUUCCGCGGGUGCCCUUUGCAAGCGGGUCCCCUUUGAGGAGGACGAGGGAGGCCUCUAAUAAUAAUAAUAAUAAUAAUAAUAAAAUUUAUUUAUACCCCACCCUUCCCAGUUCAGAAAACCAGGCUUAGGGUGGUUAACAACAAAUUGAAAACACUUAAUUUAAAACCUCUUCUUCUUCUUCCUUCUCUUCCUCUUCCUCCUUUUCUGGCUCCUCGUGACACUGAGCAGAGGCAGCUUGUUUUGCAGACAACAAACCGGCCAGCUCUGAAUGCACCACAAAAUAAAAGAGGAUUGCAAGGGGAAGAGGAAAAAGAAACUGAACCUUUUUAGGGGUGGGGGGCAGAUGAGAAGGAAGCCCCCUUUCUGCUCCGUGCAGAUUUGACCCGUUGCAGGAGGGGAGAGCGGCUAUGGGGCUUGUGUCCCGCUUGCAGGUUCGCCUCCUUGGCCGGAUCCAGCAAGAUACACCUUCAAGCUUGGUUUUUCGUAGAGUUGUGGCGCCAGAGGGGCCCUCCAAAGGUCAUUUAGUCCAACCCCACCAUGGUUUCCGAACACAGAAUGUCUCGGAAUUGGGUGGGAGGCGUGGAAAGGGGAGGGCAAACGGGAAGGGUCCCAAGUGCCAUAGUUGGGGGGUGGGCUAGCCAGUUUUUUGCCCCCGGCAAAGCCCCCAGGAGAGCCAGGCUGCUGCAUGAGGCCAAUGGGGACCCCCCUAGUCCAGCCGCCUCCUGUUCUUACGGGGGCCAACCAGAUUGCCAUCCCGGGACCCGAGUGCGAGAGGAACGCUCUCCCUUCCUGUGGUUUCCUGCAACCCGGCAUUCAGAAGCAUCACUGCCUCUGUCUGUGGAGAGCCCUUUCCUCCUCCAUCCAUUUCUCAAGCUCCCCAAGUUGGCCUCCUGCGGCAGGGAGUUCCACAGGUUAUCCGAGAGAAGGGUUUUAUUUUUGCGCGUCACGAAUCUCCCGCUGUUCAGCUUCAUUGGGUGAUGAUUCGUGAGAGAGAAUUGCCUUUUUCUUUUGCACUUUCUCUUUUUCUUUUUACUCUUUGGCCUCGCUGAGCACCUUUUCUGCGUCCCUCCCCAUCUUUUCUCUGAAGACUGUAAUCCCCCGAUUUAAUAAGAAGUCUUGCAGCUCAAUAUCCGCUUUUUCUCAAGGUGCCCUGAGCCCGUUGGCCAAGGCAUCCUCUCUGGCCUUUCGCAAUUCCUCCGUAACCUUACAGCAGCCAUCCAUCUCUCUCUCUCUUUUUUUCAAAAAUUUUUAUUGAUUUUCCAAAAUUUUUAAACAAACAAACAUACUACAUCUUAACUGUACUUGAUCCAAUCUUGGUAACAUUGUUAAGUGACUUCCUCAAAUCCCCCUGGCUGAAUUUCAGUGUAUGUCAUUGUAACAGUUUUCCAAAACCAAUUUUCUCAUAAAAUUAACUUAGCCACUUAACAUCUUUCUUUGUUGCUUAUGGUGUGUGUGUUUCUUAACAAAUGUCAUUUUAAACAUUUUCUUCCAGUCUGUUCCUUUUCCUUUUUAAAAAAUAUUUUUUUAUUAAGAAUUUAAACAAAAUAUCUUAGUACAUAUCAUCUUUGAUUCCCGCCCCAUUCCCCCCUCCACCCCGACUUCCCUCAGUUCCAACCUCUGGUUUCUCUACAAAUGCUAUUCUCUGCAUGUUACAAAACUGUAUAGAUCCUUAAUUUAUCUGACUGGUUAUUGUCAAUAAAGAGUUUGUGAGUGUUUAUUCAAAACCUGCCAAGGAGUCCGGUUCACUUUGUUGUUUCUUUAAAUACUUUGUAAAAGGUUCCCAUUCAUCUUUAAAAUCGCAGUUAUCCUUGUCCCGUAGUUUAUGUGCCAGUUUUGCCAGUUCUGCAUAGUCCAUCAAUUUCUCUUGCCAUAGUUCUUUAGUCGGUGUUUCCUCGUUCUUCCAUCCAUGUGCUAUUAAGACUCUUGCCGCCGUUGUCGCGUACAUGAAGAUAUUUUUGAACUUGCUGGCAGGUCUUUCCCUACAAUUCCUAACAAAAAUGCUUCCGGUUCCUUAACAAAUGUUAGAUGGAACAUUUUCUUCAAUUCAUUGUAUAUCAUUUCCCAAAACUUUUAAAUUUCAUUACAUUCCCACCACAUGGGGUAGAAUGUCCCCUCCUUUUCCUUACACUUCCAACACAUAUUUGAACUGGUUUUAUACAUUUUCCCUAACUGCACUGGAGUCAUAUACCAUCUAUACAUCAUCUUCAUAUAAUUUUCUUUCAGCAAAGGACAAUCUGUAAAUUAUAAAUCCAUUUUCUAUAACCUUUCCCAAUCUUCCAGCAUAAUGUUAUGACCUAUAUCUUGUGCCCAUCAGUCUGUGCCUUUUCCAAGACAGCUUCACAUCUGAUAUCGGAUGCACAGCCACCCUGCAAAGGGGGACUUUCAUAUCACAAUUGACCCGAUUCCCAGUGGAAUCAUAGAAGUGCAGAGUUGGACCGGGCCCUCCAGUGGCCAUCUAGUCCAACCCCCUGCAAUGCAGGGUUGGAGGGGCAGGGAGAAGAGUUUGUCUGGCCCCUGCAAAGGGCUCAUUGUGGUGAUUUCAGCUGCCGGCUUCUCUUUCCUGAAAAACUGUUCAAAGCAAAGCGCAGUAAUAAAGGAUUGAGGACUCAAAAAUACUGAAUUUGCAAAAAAAGGUUUGGAAACCUAAAUAGCAAGUUUUAAAACUUUGCUUUACCUCGGUCGAGCUAGGAUCAUAAUACGUCAGAAUUUUUAGGGUUCUACCCUUGUUUGAAGUUUAAAGUUUAUGAUUUUUCUAUUUCCUUCUGAGGAAACUGAAUAGUUCAGUGAAACAAGGUUUGUAGGCGGCGUCCCGUUACGGCUUUGUUCUAUUUUUGGUUUUUCAAAUUUUUUCCCUUUUUUUUUUUAAAUGAUAUUUAUUAAAAUUUCAAAAGAAAAAGAUUACAUUAAUAAGAAAAUUAACAAUAAAAAAGGAAAAAUACAAAGUACAAAAAAGAAAAAAACAGUUAAAAACAAUUCCAUCUUUUCAUCACUUCUCUUACAUUUACUUAUUUCCCGGACCUCCUCAUACCUCCCACUUUUGUAUUCCAAUUCAAUUUGUUAGUCCAGCAAUUCCUUUCCCUCCUUUUUAAUCCUGAUCUUUAAUCUUGAUAUAUUAUAACAUUAAAUUUUUACGUAUUAAAAACCAAUUUUUCCAUAUUCUUUUAUACCAUUACAGCUAGAAACCACUUAACUUCAAUCCAACAUCAUUCUAACAUUCAUUAAUUUUACAGUAUUUCUGCAAAUAGGCUUUAAACUUCUUCCAAUCUUCUUCCACCUCCUCUUCUCCCUGGUCUAGGAUUCUGCCAGUCAUUUCCGCCAAUUCCACGUAGUCCAUCAUUUUCAUCUGCCAUUCCUCCAGUGUGGGUAGAUCUUGUGUCUUCCAAUACUUUGCAAUAAGUAUUCUUGCUGCUGUUGUGGCAUACAUAAAGAAAGUUCUGUCCCUCUUUGGCACCAAUUGGCUGACCAUGCGCAGGAGAAAGGCCUCUGGUUUCUUCAAGAAGGUAUAUUUAAAUACCCUUUUCAUUUCAUUAUAAAUCAUCUCCCAGAAAGCCUUAAUCCUUGGACACGUCCACCAAAGGUGAAAGAAUGUACCUUCAGUUUCUUUACAUUUCCAACAUUUAUUAUCGGGCAAAUGGUAGAUUUUUGCAAGCUUGACUGGGGUUAUGUACCACCUGUAUAUCAUUUUCAUAAUAUUCUCUCUUAAGGCAUUACAUGCCGUAAAUUUCAUACCUGUGGUCCAUAACUGUUCCCAGUCAGCCAUCAUUAUAUUAUGUCCAAUGUCUUGUGCCCAUUUAAUCAUAGCAGAUUUCACCAUUUCAUCCUGAGUAUUCCAUUUCAGCAGCAAGUUAUACAUCUUUGACAAAAUCUUGGUUUUGGGUUCUAACAGUUCUGUUUCUAAUUUUGAUUUUUCCACCUGGAAGCCGAUUUUCUUGUCCAAAUUGUAUGCCUCCAUUAUCUGAUAAUAAUGAAGCCAGUCUCGCACUUUGUUUUUUAGUUUUUCAAAACUCUGCAGUUUCAAUCUAUCUCCAUCUUGUUCCAAAAUUUCCCAAUAUUUCAGCCAUUUAGCCUCCAUAUUGAGCUUUUUCAGAGCUUUCGCUUCCAUCGGUGACAGCCACCUUGGGGUUUUAUUUUCCAAUAAAUCCUUAUAUCUUAUCCAGACAUUAACUAAUUUUUUUUCCCUUAAGCGUUUUGAUUUUUCUGAUUUAGUUGAUUUCCACAAGGUAAUAUUUCUAGUUGAUUCCUUCUCGUUUCAGGGAUUUUCAUGGUAUUUCAUUUAUUUUGUGCAAUUUCUCAGUUCCGUGAGUGUCUUUUUUCUGUUGGCUUCUCUCUCCUGUGCAGGUGCGGCCAAACACUGUGUACUCCUUGCGCCUGACGCACGGCGAGUUCACCUGGACGAUGAAGAAGAAAUUCAAGCACUUCCAGGAAUUACACCGGGAUCUCAUGAGGCACCGGAUCCUGAUGAGUUUCCUGCCUCUGACACGGUGAGGAGAGAACCUGCACAGUCGAGGGGUUUUUAAUUUUAUUUAUCUGCUUAUUCCAUAAAUCACACACUGCGCUCGCUCGCUCGUUCAUUGUUUUCCCCCCCCGCAAACCAUCAGAACAGUUUACAAAACGAUAAUGUUAUCAGUAACAGCAGCAUUCAAAAGAUAAAAUCAGCAAUAAAGGAAAAGCAGACUAAAAUGUUCCCUGGCAGCCUGCGUGUCUGGGCAGGCCUGUGUCAACAAGGGAUGUUUUUAGCAGGCGCAGGGGAAAACAGAGCAGGGCUGGGUCUCAAGUGGCAGGGAGUUCCAAAGGUCAGGCGCUGCCACACAAGUUCUUAGAAAGGCGGAACGGGUAUUGUGUGGCGCCUGCAUAUUUAUUUAUUUAUUGAAUUUAUAUAGUGCCAAUUCUGACCGGUGGGGUCAGCAAGAGCGAGGGAAGCCCCACAGAGAGUGCAUUGCAGUAGUGCAGCCUUGAAGUCACCGACGCAUUUCGGGGGGUUGGACUAGAUGGCCCUCGGGUCCCUUAACUCUACAAUUCUUGGAUUUUAGGAAACAAGCUUUCCCUGUCCAGGAACCGCAGUUGGUAACAGGCUUUGUCCAUUUAUGAGUGAAUCUGCUGUCUCUGUUUCCAAGCCCGUUGUGGCUGGACUUGCUAGCCAAGUGCUCCUUCCCAGUAGCCCAAGCUGAGAAGCCAGGUCACAGGUGUUUCUUCAGCAAAGAUAUUCAGUCGCAGGAGAAGGAUGUGAGAGACUCGAGCUCAGGAUUUGUCUCGGGUGAUGGGCGUGUCAAAACGGUUUUAACCUGCGGUGGAUUCCACAGUUGUGGUUGUUUAAUUGCACGCAUAAAUAUUUUUUUAUUGCUAUUAAUUUGCAAACCAAAGUGCAAACAUAACAGGAAGGAAGGAAGGAAGGAAGGAAGGAAGGAAGAAAGGAAGGAAGGAAGGAAGGAAGGAAGGAAGGAAGGAAGGAAUAGUGCAGGAAGCAGAGUUGGCCCUCAAACAGGAUGGCUUUCAAAAAGGACUGGACAUCCUUUCUAUUAUUAUUAUUAUUAUUAUUAUUAUUAUUAUUAUUAUUAUUAUCUACUUUUAAAAGACAACUGAAGGCGGCCCUGUUUAGGGAAGUUUUUAAUUUCUGACGCUGUAUUGUUUUUAAUAUUCUGUUGGAAGCCGCCCAGAGUGGCUGGAGAAACCCAGCCAGAUGGGCGGGGUAUAAAUAAUAAAUCAUUAUUAUUAAUUAUUAAUAUUAUUCUACGAUAAGCAAAACUCCCCCUUGCCAGAGGGGCUUUCCUUCUUCCAAGGAGAACCGAGGGGACACUGAGCAGUGGCCACAUCCCUCCGCCAGCCCCAGAAUCCUUCGUCAGGCAGCUGAGGAAGUUGAGCUGAGUUAGACUGUGGAACUACCUGCCACAGGAAGCCUCCAACUCGGAUGGCUCCCAAAAUUUGAGGCAGAUUCUGGGAGGAGGAGGAGGAGGAGAGGGCUAGCAAUGGCUGCCAGCCCCCGUGGCUACGCUCUGCCCCAGCAGCAAAUGCUGCUGAAUCCCAGUUGCUGGAGAGCAGUUCUUGUGUUCAAAUCCUGCUGGUUUCCCACAAUAGGCACUUAGUUGACCCCUAUGAGAACAGGAUGCUGGCCUCAUUCAGCCAAUGUUCUAGAGCAUCAUUUGUCUCCUUUCUCUCUCUCUCGCCCAGGUUUGCUGCCCUGGGUUCUCGGUCCGACGGAACCGUCCUGGGGUUGCCCUCUCUGCCCCAUGGCGGGGAGGUGUCCCGGCGCCCGUCCAGCAAGCAGGUUUGUGGCCACACCGUGGGUCUGUGAGCAUGUGGGGCUGGAGAGGGGGAGGCAGCCUAUAGGAAGGAAGUUGAGCAGUUGGGGGAGUGGUGCAGGAAAAACAACUUAACCUAAACCUAAAGAAAACAAAAGAGAUUAUUGUGGACUUUAGGAAACGUAAAUUGAAUAUUCAGCCACUUAUUAUUGAGGGGAAGUGCGUGGAACAGGUCCCAGGGUUUUGAUUUCUGGGAAUGGAGUUGAGAGAUGACCUAACCUGGGGAGAAAACAGCAAAGACUGAUGAAGAGAGCACAAUCUCUCAAAGGACCCCUUGAUGGCAUUUUACCAUUCUACUGUGGAGGGUGUAUUAACUUACGGUCUUUGUGUGUGGUUUGGGAGCUGCACGGUCAGGGAAAAACAAUGCUAUCCAGGGUUGUAAAGACUGCGGAGAGAAUAAUUGGGUGCACUCUUCCCACCUUGGAUCAAAUCUACGCUUCCAGGUGCCAUAAGAAAGCGGCAGAGAUAGUGCAGGAUAGUGCGCACCCCGGAAAUGAUCUCCUUCACCUUCUGCCUUCUGGAAGAAGGUCCAGGGUUAUAAAGACUAGGACUAGCCGCUUGAGAAACAGUUUCUAUCCAAAUGCAAUUUUGGUUUUAAACGCAGUGUAAGGUAGUCUGUAUGGGAGUAUAUUGUAUUUAAAAUGGGGUAUCAGAGUUUUUAGGGGGCUAACCAGGCUGGGAUAGCUGGGAUAGCAGGCUUGUGGGUUUUUGAAUGUCUUAGGUAGUUUUUUCAAUUUCGUUGUGUGGGACUAUGACAAUCAAGAUUAUUGUAUUGAAUCGUAUCGAAGGAGGAGCAGAGAGAAAGAAGUGUGUUCGGUGAAGCAGGAAAGCAAAGCAGCAGCGCCACCUGGUGGGCAGCUCCAGGAGUUGCCGCACAAUGCCCUUCAAUGCGCUGGAGAGCUUUCCAAUUAACUCCAAGGCCCUUAGUUUGCAAACAGCGGAAAGGAAGAGGAGGAAAGUGUCGCCGUGGCUGCAAAGGGGGUGAGCUGGGGUUGCGAUAUCCCAAACAACCUAAGGCAAUGUCUCUUCUCGCUUGUCCCUUUCAGAAGCAGCUGGAGAAUUACCUCAACACUUUGCUGGAGAUGAGCGUCUACCGUGACUACCAUGCCAUGGUGAUGCCCCUUUUCUCUGCCACCCGCCCGUGCCAGGAGGGAGGGUGCCCUGUUUUCUCUUGGGGGGCAGAGGGACCCUUCCCUUGGGCUCUCCCUUUCCCUCUGCUCGCCUCCCUGAGCUGCGCAUUCGCCCGAUACGUCAGUCGCCUUCUUCCUAGAAAUGCGCAGGCGGAAGGGACCCGGCGGGUCAUCCAGCCCAACCCCCCGCAAUGCGAUUCCUGGCGCUGACAGAUGCUUUUUCCAAUUUCCUUCUCUCGGGCAGGCAGAGUUCCUGGAUGUGAGUUCGCUCUCCUUCAUUCCGGACCUGGGACCAAAAGGCCUGUGAGUGAAGUGGGGUCCUGGUUAUGGGUCUGGGUGUGUUGCCCCCUGGGCAUGAUCCUGCAAGGGGGCAGAGAGCUUUCCUCCGGUGCCUGCAAGGACCCCUGGCAGGGGAGAGAUUUGGGGGCACCUCUGGCGUUCAGCCAAGCUGUUUGUGAGCGGGUGGCGCUGUGGUCUAAACCAUGGGUAGGCAAACUAAGGCCCAGGGGCCGGAUCCGGCCCAAUUGCCUUCUAAAUCCAGCCUGCGGACGGUCCGGGAAACAGCAGGUUUUUACAUGAGUAGAAUGUGUCGUUUUAUUUCAAAUGCAUCUCUGGGUUAUUUGUGGGGCAUAGGAAUUUGUUCAUUUCCCCCCCCCAAAAAAUAUAUAGUCCGGCCCCCCACAAAGUCUCAGGGAUAAUAGACUGGUCCCCUGCUGAAAAAGUUUCCUGACCCCUGGUCUAAACCACUGAGCCUCUUGGACUUGCUGAUCAGAAGGUCGGCAGUUUGAAUCCCUGCGACACAGUAAGCUCCUGUCGCUCGGUCCCAGCUCCUGCCAACCUAGCAGUUCGAAAGCACACCAGCGCAAGUAGAUAAAUAGGUGCCACUGCAGCGGGAAGGUAAACGGUGUUUCCAUGUGCUCUGGCACUCGCCACGGUCCUCCGUGUGCCAGUAGUGGUUUGGUCAUGCUGGUCACCUGACCUGGAAAUCUGUCUGUGGACAAACGCCUGCUCCUUAACUCUUGCUGUGUCCUCUCCCUCUCUUUCUCCAGGGAGGGCAUGAUCCUGAAACGGUCUGGGGGCCACCGCUUGCAGGGCCUCAACUGCGCGGGGCGCCAUCAGUUCUGCUACCGCUGGUCGAAGAGGUGAGUCUCCCAAGGGUGCUGCUGCGGGGAGAGGGGUGGGGGCUUCUCUCUCUCAUCCUUCUUUACACCUCUGGGACCCCUUUCCAGGUGGCUGGUUGUGAAAGACUCCUUCCUGCUCUACCUGAAGCCCGAGUCGGGCGUCAUCUCCUUCGUGCUCCUCUUCGACACCGGCUUCAACAUCCAGGUGGGCAAGAAGCCCACCGAGACCAAGCACGGCGUGCGCAUCGACAACACCUGCAGGUCAGGACGCCUGGGUCCCCAUGGCCGGGGCAGACCGGGGAGGGCGGGAGUCCCAGCCGAGAGAGGCAGGAUCCGAGCCAAGAUGAAGAAAUCGCUCAAGGGAGCGAAAGGGCUUGGCUGUUUACCUGCCUCUUGGCUCAAGAGUCUCCAGGGGAGAGAGCGUUUCCUGCCCUGCCCCUCCCAGGAAUGAGCGGAAGGAGAAUGGGAGAAUCUCAGGAUCAUAGUUUGAAGGGACCCCGUGGGUCAUCUAGCCCAACCCCCUGCAAUGCAGGAAUAAUAAUAAUAAUAAUAAUAAUAAUAAUAAUAUAUUAUACAUACCCCGCCUAUCUGGCUGGGUCUCCCCAGCCACUCUGGGUGGCUCCCAACAGAGUAAUAAUAAUAAUAAUUAGUAUUAUUAUUAUUUAUAUAUAUACCCUGUUCCAAGAUGGCGGCACGUUCAUACGCUGCGGCUCUAAGCUCCCAAUACUUCACCUACUCACGCACAAAACUGGUAAACAUCGGGCUCGCAAGAAAAAUAGGGAUUUUGUGUGUAAUCUCACUGUAGACAAGUUGUACAAGUGACAAUAAAGUAUUUCAAGUUCAAUCUGGCUGGCUUUCCCCGGCCACUCUGGGCGGCUCCCAACAGAAUAAUAAUAAUAAUAAUAAUAAUAAUAAUAAUAAUAAUAAUAAUAUCUUAGCUUUGCAAUUGAGUAGAUUGGAAGUCUAACACAAAGGUGGGGUGAGGGGUAGUGGAUGGUGAUGGGAAAAGGAAUUAUCUGUGGGACUGAAUGUAGGUAUGUUAGAAUAUUCUUAAGGAUUGUAUGAAAUGUAUGUUUGUAUGCGUGUAUAUUCGUAAUAUGUGUAUAUUAAUGCUGAAUUAUUUUAACAAUAAAAACUUUUCAAAUAAUAAUAAUAAUAAUAUCUCAGCUAAAUGUGGCAACCCUCCAGAUAUUUGAAGAUGGCUCUCCUAUCUCUCCCAGUGUCCUCUUAUGGAACCUCCAGGUCCAGAGACAGUCUAUCUCGAUUCGGAGAUCAGGGGUCCCCAUGGGGACCGGACGCCGGUCUUCCUGGGUCCCCUUUGGCCUGACCGGCCGCCGGACUCAUACGCUGCCCUCCCCAAAGUGGCUGGGGAAACCCAGCCAGAUGGGCUGGGUAUAAAUAUGAAAUUAUUAUUAUUAUUUUUCUCCCCAACCUAGGUCUCUCAUCCUGAAGUGUAGCAGCUACCGCCAGGCCUGCUGGUGGUGCCAGGAGAUCACCGAACUGGCCGAGGGCAAGGGCAGAGAUUUCUUGCGGCUCCAUCGCCACCAGGGCUUUGUGCCCCCUCGCAAGGAGACCCCUGCCCGCUGGUGAGCCCUGGGGGUCCUGGGCUGGGCGGGUGGGUCCUCAGCCCCCCAAGGUCUCUCUCUCCCCCCAUCACCCUGUCUUUCUCUUUUUCUAAAAUAAUAUUUUUUAUUAAUUUUAACAUAUGAACUAUAAUACAUACCCCAAAACCUCACCACUUGUACAAACUUUUUAUGGACUCCCAUCAUCACCUCUGAUGACCCACCUCUAAUCAUCCUCCCCUUUAUCCAUUUUUGCAAUAAUUCACCUCACAAAACUUCUUGCAAACCUACAAACGUAGUUUGAUCAUCACUAUUACUUUUCAAAUAGCCUGUAAAUUUACACCAGUCUUCUGUGAAUUUCUGGUCCCGCAGAUUUCGAAUCCAUCCUGUUAGUUUAUCUAAUUCUGCGUAGCCCAUCAAUUUCAUCCUCCAUGCUUCUUGCUUCCAUUUUUUUGCUAAUAAUAUUCUUGCUGCCGUCAUUGCAUAUAAAAACAGUUUACAUUCCUUUCUAUUUAUAUCGCUUCCUACCAUGCCCAGUAAAAAUGCUUCUGGUUUCUUUAUGAAUGUAUAUUUCAACAUUUUUUUCAUCUCAUUAUAUAUCAUUUCCCAGAAGCUUUUCAAACUCUCUCUUUUCUCUUUUUCUCCACUUUUAGGUUUGUGAACGGUGCCGGGUAUUUUGCGGCGGUGGCGGAAGCCGUGGCGCAGGCGAAAGAGGAGAUCUUCAUCACGGACUGGUGGUCAGUGCCGGGGGGGUGGUCUUGGGUUGGGGGCUGCCCAGCCUCAGAAGUGGGGAGGUGCUUAGCUUCCCAAAAUGUCCCCCCCCCAAUCUCCAUAUUUUUGAAGUGGUGGAACUGCCUGCCAACAGAGAUCUAUGGGUGCUAUACAAAUGUAAUUAAUCAUCAUAAUAAAUAGGUUCUCUCCUUUUUUUGGAAAAAAAGAUAUUCCUGGUCCCAAAAUACGGGGGCCAGAAAUGGACGCCGUGAUCCCCUCCCCGCUCUCCUCUCCGCGAGGCCGGCCUGUGGGAGACCUGGGUGCGAGGUUUCUGUGCCCAGCCAGAGGGCAGCAUCUAAUAUUAUUUAUUAAAUUUAUAUUCCACCCUUCAGCUCACAGGAUGGCUCACAACUCAGCUUCUAGGCUAAUCCCAAUUGAAUGGGCAACGGGGGCAAAUAAUAAUAAUAAUAAUAAUAAUAUUUUAUUUAUAUCCUGCCCUCCCCAGACGAAGCCGGGCUCAGAGCGGCUAACAACAGGAAAACAAUACAGCAUUCUAAAAUCAAUUUGUUAUAAAAUCAGUUCAAAUGAUCCGAGGGGGGGGCCCCUCUUGCCUUUAAAUGCAGCCAGUGCGGCCAUGCUAAAUGCGGGAUGGAGCCCCCAGCCCCACUCUUUUUCCUCCCUGCGUUGCAGCGGGCUGGACUAGAUGAGCUCCGGGGGUCCCUUCCAACGCCACGAUUAUUCUGUGAUUCCCAGGCUCAGCCCGGAGAUCUACAUGAAGCGCCCGGCCCAGUCGGACGAGUGGAGGCUGGACCUCCUUUUGAAACACAAAGCGGUGAGCAGCCCCCCCUCCCCGCCUGAGGUUUGGGGUUGGGUGGGGGCGCCUUUAUUCUUUCCUUUCCCCUCCCCACCCCACAUUGCAGCUGCUGAUGUCUUCCUGCACCCCUCCAUCUUUUCCCCUUGCCUCUUGAGCUGUGCGUCCUGCUUUUUCGUGGGGUUGGGCUGGAUGACCGCUGGGUGUCCCCCUCUCAACUCUGCCCUUCUGCCAUCCUUUCAGGAGCAGGGGGUGCGCAUCUGUGUGCUGCUCUUCAAGGAGGUGGGCUUGGCCUUGGGCAUCAACAGCGACUACAGCAAACGGGCCCUCAUGCUGUUGCACCCAAACAUCAAGGUAAGGGGGACCCCCCCACACACUUUUGCACAACCGGCCGGUGCAAAUUCACACCGGGGGUUUUGCCCUCUUCCCGCUGUUGUCUCUCUGUGUCUCCCAAAUGGCCGUAGCCCCAAAGCCCCACCGUUCGUGCCAAACUGGCAGGCCUCCAAGGUCAGACUUGAACCCGGGUCGCUGCAAGUUCCUAUUCCUCAUUUAAUCCACACAACAGUGAAGAUGAUCUGGGAACCAAGCCUGAUGAGGAACGGUUGAAGGAGCUGGGUAUGUUUAGCCUGGAGAAGAGGAGACUGAGAGGAGUAAUAAUAAUAAUAAUAAUAAUUAUUAUUAUUAUUAUUAUUAUUUAUUUAUUUAUUUAUUUAUUUCCCGCCCAUCUGGCUGGGCCUCCCCAGCCACUCUGGGCGGCUUCCAACAAAAUAUUAAAAUACAGUAGCGUAUCAAAUAAUAAAAGCUUCUCUAAACAGGGCUGCCUUCAGAUAUGAGAGCCAUCUUCAGGUAUCUCAAGGGCCGUCGCAUGGAAGAUGGAGCAAGCUUGUUUCCUGCUGCUCCAGAGGGCAGGACUUGAACCCAUGGCUUCAAGUUACAACUUGGAGAUUUUUAAGCAAAAGUCUGGGGGUUGGACUAGAUGACCCUUGGGUCCCUUCCACCUCUACAAUCCUAUUAUUCUAUUAUCCUUUUUCUUCUUCUUUUUGCAUGACACCGCAAUGGCAAAUCUUUUAAUUGCUGGCAGUGCAACAGCAGGGAUCAUUCAGUUUGUCGCUUAAGAGUUAAUUCUAUUAAUGUUUAUUUAUUUAUUUAGAAUAAUUAUUUUAUUAAGAAUUCCUUAAGAUCCUUAAAUUAUCUGUCUGUAUGUUACCAAAUUAUUCUAUUAUUCUAACCCUGUGAAGUCUGAGAGGCAGGGACUGGCCACCCCCAGAAAGCUUCGCAGCCCAGGGGGUGGGAUUUGAACCCUGGUGUCUCCCAGGUCUAACCCUCUAACCACUACACCACACUGCCUCGGGGCAAGAGGGUGGCUGGGUGGGCUUCCCAGACCCCCACACAGCACUGAGCCACCCCGAAAUGUCUCUCUGCCCCCCACCGCAGGUGAUGCGCCACCCUGACCACGUCUCCUCCAUCAUCUUCCUGUGGGCCCACCAUGAGAAACUGGUGGUGGUGGACCAGUCCGUGGCCUUCCUGGGCGGACUGGAUCUGGCCUACGGGCGCUGGGACACCCACGAAUACCGCCUGGCGGACCUGGAGGGCGACGACUGCCGGGCCCCCAAGGUAGCAUUGGGGGGUUGGGGGGUCCCUCUCCUUGCUGCCCCCUUUUUCCGCAGACCCCCAGUCUCAUUCCCCCCCUCUCAAUGGCUUUCUCUCUGUUCUUGGCUCUCCCUGAACCCCCAAACGCGUUGGUCAAGCACCACAUUGUCUGCAUCUCCCCAAAAGUUUCCCUUCAGGCCUUAUUCCCUGUGUGCCAUAAGGAUUAUGCCCUUGGCUCAUGAGCUGGGUGCGAGUUCUGACGCUCUUUUUCCUCUGCAACUGCUGUUCUGGUUUGUCUGCAUUCCAUGACAUCACAGCCACGCUUGGCCAAUGCCUGGCAAGCAGGUUCAGAGCAGGCAAAUAUGCGCCACCUAGUGGCCGCCAAGCCCAGGAACGCUUCCAUCACCCUCUUUUUGCUUUCCUCUUCCGCUCUUUUCCCUCUUGAUUUCCUCUGCAACUGCUGUUCUGAUUCGUCUGCAUUCCGUGACAUCACAGCCACGCUCGGCCAAUGACUGGCAGGCAAGCGAGUUCAGAGCAGGCACAUGGGCGCCACCUAGUGGCCGCCAAGCCCAGGAACGCCCUUUUUUUGCUUUUCUCUUUCUCCCUCUCAUCUGUUUCUGACUCGUUCCUCCUCUCCUCUUCUUGCUUUCCCUCUCCCUCUUUCGCCCCCUCCCUCCCCACAGGGACGCUGGUAGCCGCCUGCUCCCCACGCUGACCCCCUCUCUCUCUCAGGGCGGAGGGGCUGCCCUUCCAGGGGGGGACGAAGCCCCCGUUGACCUGGCCACCAACCAACGCCUCUGGCUGGGCAAGGACUACAGCAACCUCAUUGCGAAGGACUGGGUGCAGCUGGACAGACCCUUCGAAGGUGGGUGAGGGGGCUGGGGGGCAGGGGGUCGAGCCCGGGUAAAGCGGGGGCGCCCCAAAACCACGUUUCCCUUCCCGCCCCGCCCCAAAACUGGGAGCUGCCACGGGGGUCCGUUGCAGUAGAAAAAAGACAGUCGCGGAACCGAGAACUUACACAAAACAAAUGAAAUACCGCGGGAAGCCCCGGAACAGAAAGUAAUCGACUGGAAAUAUUAUCUUGUAGAAUUAAACCAAAUAACAAAAAACAACAGGUUUAAGGAAAGCCUAGAAUUGAACAAAGCCUUAAUGGGAUGCCAGCUACAAACCUCAUUUCAGUGAACUGUUCAGCUUCCGCAGAAGGAAAUAGAGAAAUCGUAAACCUUAAAUGAUUUUAAACAAACUCAAGAACAGGGCUGAAACACUUUUUUUCAGCCCUAUUUGAAGAAAGCCAAGCAGUGGUAAUAAGGAGUUGAGGACUCGGUUGUGAAAACGCUAGUAUUGCCUUUACAGAAAGGUUUAAAGAACCUACAUAGCACAAAUUCAAAGAAAGGAGUACAAGAUAAGCUGUUUUAGAUUUUGAACAAACUCAAGAACAUGGUCCCAUGGUCUAGAUGCUGAUGUUAAAGGCUGAUUACUUCUCGUUUCAGGGAUUUUCAUGGUAUUUAAUUUGUUUUGUGUAAAUUUAUGGGGGUCCAUUGCAGCUGAGGACUGGGCUUUGAGGCAGGGGGUCCCUCCCAGCCCUACCUGGAGGGGCUGUCAGGAAUCGAACCCAGGACCUUGCGCCUCCAAAGUGGAUGCUCUUAAGAGCAGAGCCACGGUGGCCCUUGGCUUUGAGUGGUGGGGGUGUUGGGGGUCGGGGGGUGCAGACACAGAGGGAUGGCUGCUCUGUGGGGAUAAGCAAGCACCCACACACCAGCACUCCCCCAAAGUUGCAAGGUGGUGGGGGCAGCUGUACUGGUGCAACCCCCCCCAAAAAAGAAUUUUAUUUGCUUUUAUGUCUUGGGAAGUUACCCCUCCCUCAGCUUCUAGGUGUAAGUAGUGUCUGCAGGAUCAGGCCCAUCUAAUCCAGUGCCAGUAGCUACCCAGGGACCCCAAAGAAUUUACAAAAAAUUUACAACCUCAUACUACAAAAAGAAAAUUAACGAAAAAACAAUUAAGAAAAUAGAAAAGAAGAAAAUACAGGAAAAAGAAAGAAGAAAAAGCAAAUUUACGCACAUAAAAAAACACCUUAAUCUUCCUAAUUAAUACUUAAUUAAACACUUAAAUACAAAAGACUUCUGACAAAACGAGUCUUCCAAUCAUUCUCGUUGUACUGUUUAUACCGUCAUUAUUUUUUCUGCACAGUUGUAUAUUCUUUAAUAUUGUUCCCGUCCACAAACGGUAUUUGUUGUGUUUACAAGUAUCACUCAAGUUCUGCUAAUCUGGUGUGAUUGGUACAAUAUGAUCUUAUAUAACCCUUAAAUAUUCUCCAUUCUCCAAAUAUUUUCUGGCUCAAUACUUCUCUAACUCUUCCCGUCAGUUUUGCAAGGAGUUCCAUAGUUCAGCUGUGCGCUGUGUUAUGAAUGACAUUAUUUUUUAAAAAAUCUUCCAAGAUUCACCUUCGCUGGAUGUCCAGUGUUAGAGGAGAGAGGGAAGAAAAUUUCCUCUCUACCCUACUAUGCCGUGCAUAUUCCCGUCCCCUCAAAACAAAGCCCCAUGGUCCAUCACUGGGUCUGGUAUGUGGGGCAGCCCCUGGAGGCAGUUGUAGGGAGGGAGGAGGUAUUCUGCCAGCCUCUGCAGUGCCUCCACUUUGCGAUGCCCCUUAAGCCUGGCUGCUGGAUUGGGCCCAAGGGGGCCUGAUGGUGGGGGCUUCCAGGGCCCCAGCCCCUCCCCGAUCCUGCUGCCUGGGGGGCUAACGGCAGGUGUGGGUCAGAUUUCAUUGACAGGUACCAGACUCCGCGGAUGCCAUGGAGGGACGUUGGGGUGGCCGUUCACGGCCUGGCCGCCCGGGACGUAGCGCGACACUUCAUCCAGCGAUGGAACUUCACCAAGGUGAGUUGUGGAAUUGCAGAAAUGUAGAGAAUUGCAGAAUUGUCCCUUCUUGCAGUUUGGAUCCUGCCCUCCGAAACUACCAUAUUUUUCACUCCAUAAGACGCACCUGACCAUAAGAGGCACCUAGUUUUCAGAGGAGGAAAGGGGGAAAGCCCCAGUUUUUUGAGGAUCAGCUCAAAGCUUUGCAGCUUACUUUGCAAAGGGAAAAAUCAUGUUUUUAUGGGGUUCAACUCACAGUUCUGCAGCUUCUUUAGGAAAGAAAAGGGAGCUGUUUCUACAGUUUCCAGGCAGAUAAUAGUCACAUAUCGCUGGGGAAACAAACAGCCUCCGUCUGCAGAACAUUCAACAAUGGAGGCCUGGGCAAGGGGGCGGAAAGGGAGCCAGCGAUCGACCACACAUUUGCUCCAUAAGACGCACAGACAUCUCCCCUUACUUUUUAGGAGGAAAAAAGUGUGUCUUAUGGAGCGAAAAAUACGGUAGCUUGCUCCGUCUUCCGUGGGGCAGCCCUUCAGGUGUGUGCAGGUGCAUGUUGAGAGGAAGGGGGUGUAGGGAUUGUGGGACUGAACAGCACCCCCACCCCCAGAUCUGCUAGCAGAGCCGACAAAUAUCUCUUCUGCCCCCCCCCAGCCAAUAACCCCCCUUGCAAAUACAUACAAUUCCAGGGUUAAGACUGUCUGAGUGCAGCAGAUUCGGGACUCCAUGGCUGCCUCUUCUGGGCAAAGAUGCUUCUGGGGGGUGUCUCCCCCCUCCUCCUGAUUUUCCUUUCUUUUCCCAAUUUUUUUAAUUCAUUUUAUAACACAACUAAACAACACAAACAGAAAAACAAACAAUACAAACCAAUUCUUAUCCUUAUUUUUUCUAAACAUUAUUAGGUGAGUUUCCCCAAGUCCCCCCUAUCUGAUUUUCACUUUACCUCAUCUUUAGCAGUUUACAUAUAUCAUAUUUUUUAACCAUUUUUUUUCACGCUUACUUUUACCAUAAAGAUCUUCACAUUUUAUCACUUACAAAUAAUACACUUUUAAAAUACACUGUCUUCUACUUUUAACCCUACAGCCUAUAUCCGCUUCCAAAGCUAUUCUAAGAUUUAAAUAUUAACAUGUUUUUUUCAAAUAUUCUUUAAACUUCUUCUUCCACCGUCUCUUCUCUAUGGUCUUGGAGUCUCCCGGUCAGUUCGGCAAGUUCCAUAUAGUCCCAUCAUCUUCAUCUGCCAUUCUUCGAUAGUUGGUAGAUAGUUGGAAGUUGUUUCUUCCAAUUCUUCGCUCGUAGUUUUCUCGCAGCUGUUGUGGCAAACCCUCCUUCUGCUUCUCCCCCCCCCAGACCGUGAAGCCCAAGUACAAAGGGCAGGACUACCCCUACCUGCUCCCCAAGUCCUCUCGAGCGACGCCCCUGCAGGUCCCGUUCGUCGUGCCCGGGGCUCAGACCGCCAACGUUCAGGUGAGAGGCUGGGUCUCUGGGUGGGCAGAUUUCCCAUCCUGGGCACCUGGUUUAAUGAUGAUGAUGAUAAUAAUAAUAAUGAUAAUAAUAAUAAUAAUAAUAAUAAUAAUAAUAAUAAUAAUUUAUUAUUUAUACCCCGCCCAUCUGGCUGGGUCCCCCCAGCCACUCUGGGCAGCUUCCAACAAAACACUAAAAUACAAUAACCUCUUAAACAUUAAAAGCUUCCCUAAACAGGGCUGCCUUCAGAUGUCUUCUGAAAGUCUGGUAGUUAUUUUUCUCUUUGACAUCUGGUGGGAGGGCGUUCCACAGGGCGGGCGCCACCACCGAGAAGGCCCUCUGCCUGGUUCCCUGUAUCUUGGCUUCUCGCAGUGAGGGAACCGCCAGAAGGCCCUCGGAGCUGGACCUCAGUGUCCGGGCAGAACGAUGGGGGUCUACUGGGCCUUUGAGGCCAUUUAGGGCUUUCAAGGUCAGCACCAACACUUUGAAUUGUGCUUGGAAACAUACAGUGGUGCCCCGCAAGACGAAUGCCUCGCAAGACGAAAAACUCGCUAGACGAAAGAGUUUUCCAUUUUUUGAGUCGUUCCGCAAGACGAAUUUCCCUAUGGGCUUGCUUCGCAAGACGAAAUGUCUUGCGAGUUCUUGCGAGUUUGUUUCCUUUUUCUUAAAACCGUUAAUAGCCGCUAAGCCGCUAAUAGCAGCUAAGCAGCUAAUAGCCGUGCUUCGCAAGACGAAAAAACCGCAAGACGAAGAGACUCGCGGAACGGAUUAAUUUCGUCUUGCGAGGCACCACUGUACUGGGAGUCAAUGUAGGUCUUUCAAGACUGGUGUUAUGUGGUCUCGGCAGCCACUCACAGUCCCCAGUCCAGCUGCCGCAUUCUGGAUUAGUUGUAGUUUCCGGGUCACCUUCAAAUGUAGCCCCACGUAGAGCGCAUGGCAGUAGUCCAAGCGGGAGAUAACCAGAGCAUGCACCACUCUGGAGAGACAGUCUGCGGGCAGGUAGGGUCUCAUCCUGCGUACCAGAUGGAGCUGGUAAACAGCUGCCCUGGACACAGAACUGACCUGCACCUCCAUGGACAGCGGUGAGUCCAGAAUGUCUCCCAGGCUGCUCACCUGGUCCUUCAGGGGCACAGUUACCCCAUUCAGAAACAGGGAGUCCUCCACACCUGCCUGUCUCCUGGCAACCGCUGGGACAGGAUGCUAGACUGGAUGGUCGCCCCUUUGCCAUGAUCCAGCAAGAUAUUCUCGCAGCCUAUUGGAGUUUGAGCUUGGUUUUUCGUAGAGUUGGAAGGGGCCCUCCCCAGGUCAUUUAGUCGAACCCCGGCAAGACCUGUUUUUGGUUUUCAGACACAGAAUGUCUGGGAAUUGUGAGGGGUGUGUGGAAAGGUGAGGGCAAACAGGAAGGGCCCCAGGUCAGCCGGGCCGGGCUCUCUCUUGCACCUUCUCCUGCUUGGCCUGCCCCGCCUUGCAGGGCUGUCGUUCUGUGGCUGUAGGAGAGGUAAAAAAAAUAGCUUUUUUGGCCUCCCUCCAUUUCCUGCAGGUGUUGCGCUCUGUGGACCGCUGGUCGGCCGGCCUCCACGAACACUCGAUCUACAACGCCUACCUGAGUGUCAUAAAAGAGAGCCAGCAUUACCUGUACAUUGAGGUAGGUCUUGGGACAGGUGAGCGGAAGGGGGGACUGUAUGGGGGGGGGUUGAGACUGAGACCUCUUCCUCUUCAUCUUCCUCUUCCUUUGGGCCCAAAGGAGAAGGAUGGGGAAAAUGGGAGUCGGGGGGGGGGAGUCCAAUUUGUGGGUGGGGCAGUAGAGGAGUGUGUCAUUAUUUCCGUGACUGUGAGUUGCUUUGAGCUGCUUUUAUUUUAGUAUAUUGUAUUUUACUUUGCCAAACCUUUAUCAGGCAUUACAAAUAUAGGCCGUCAUAAAACAUCCAUAUAUAAAAUAUAUACAAACAAACAGCCAUGCAAAAAUAUGUAAUAACGAGGAUUUUCAUUGGAAUUUCUUCCCGCUAAACCCAGAAAAAGUAGGAUUCUCUGACGAAUCCAAAUUGUGCAGAUUUGCUAAUUUUCACAUAUUUUGCACCAUGUGGGCUGUUUCGUAUAUUUGUUGGAGCUUUGCAGGGCAAAGGAACUAUAUUGCUUGCUGAGAUGUGAUUUUGACAUGCACAUCGCCUUGCCUAAUUCAUUCUGCAUGCAACCCAGGAACUCUCUUCGCUUUGAACUGCUUUUAAGGUGGCAACCCACCUUGGAACCAUAGAGUGGAGUGCAGAUGCUGUUAAGUUGUGGGUGAACAUAUCAGACGACACAGCAUUUCUUCAGACAGUUCUUGUUUAUUCACAGACCCAGAACAGAACUGGGCUGAAGGGUUCAGCCAGCCUGCUUGUAUAGAGCUCAACUACAACGCAACAGUAACAACUUUCUGUAACUAUCCAAUCACUGAAGGUCACUUUCAAUUCCUUAUUUGCAUAUGUUGACCUGAGUGAAAACUAUCUACAGUAUGCCCCUGCUGGCCCAGGGUGAGAACUUCAGUGCAUAACAGAUGAGCAAGAGGGUCUCUGAGGAAGGGCAGAGUGCUGCUUUUUAUUAAUGCAACACAUGUCCCCAGGCAGCUAAGAGGAGCCCCGGUUUUGGGAGGGAAAGGCAGGGGGUUUCUGUUUAUGUCUUUUGCAGGUACAUACACCUCUCUCUCUCUCUCUCUCUCUCUCUCUCUCUCUCCUCCCUCUCCCAUGCACCCCCUUUUAUUCCUGCUCCAGAACCAGUUCUUCAUAAGCUGCGCAGACGGGCGUUCGGUGAUCAACACCGUGGGAGACGCCAUUGUUGACCGACUGCUGCUUGCCCACAGGUCUGUCCCUGUUUUGGCCCAAAUUGAGAUUGGCUGCAAUGCCUCAUUAGCAGGGGGUGGGGUAAGCACUCUGUGCAUGCUCAGUGGGGCAAACCUCUUCCCUUUCCAGGGCUGAAUGGCACACUCCAGGCCUCCGGGUUCAAGUUGCCCCCUUCCCUAACUCGGCUCGGAGGCGCUCCCAUAAAAUCAAAAUACGAAUGCCAGCCUGGCAAAAAAAAACAUGUGCAUUGAUUAUUCCUUUUAUAAAUGGCUAGAGAUCUGAUAGAUCGGUUCCAACUAGCUAUAACAUUGUUUGGCUUUUUUAAAAAAAUGGAAAAUAGGAUCAGCUGGAGAAGGGUUAAAUGAAUUAAGAAAAAUGAAAUGUGGAUCUAAUUAUUGGAGCCCUUUGUUUUGAUUUCAGUGGUACCUUGGCUCUCAAACUUAAUCCUUUCCGGAAGUCCAUUCGAAAACAAGGCGCGCUUUCCCAAAGAAAGCAAUGCAAAACAGAUUAAUCGGUUCCAAACUUUUCAAAACAACCCCUAAAACAGCAACUUAACAUGAAUUUUACUAUCUAACAAGACCAUUUAUCCAUAAAAUUAAAGCACUAAUCAAUGUACUGUACUAUAAAAUAAAUAAGACAGCAUUGUAGAUGAUAAAAAUUAAAAUUAAAUUUUCUUCAUAUCUGCACUGAUGAUAGUAAUUGUUUGGAUGGGGGGCUUUUAUCAAUCUCCGCAGUCAAUAAUCAAUCAAUCAGUAGCUGAACUGGGUUCCACAUAGUCACAAAAACAAAUUAACCGAAAAAGCCUCAAAAACGCAAAAUAAAUAGCAAAAACAAAAGCACCAAACUUAAUCCAUUCUGGAAGUCAGUUUGACUUCCGAAAUGUUCGGAAACCAAUGUGCAGCUUCUGAUUGGUGCAGGUGUGCCGGAAAAAAUAGCCGACACCCGCAUCGGACUUCGGCUUCGGAAAAACGUUCGAAAACCGGAACACCUACUUACCACUGUAUAGAUAAUUGUAGAGUUGGAAGGGACCCCCCCCCCCGGGUAAUCUACUCCAACCCCCUGCAAUGCCACCUGAAUCCUGAAAUGCUGUUCAUGGUGGGAGCAGGUAUAAUUUGUGCUUAUACCUGGCAGCCCCUACACUCUGGAACUCCCUGCCGAUUGAUGUCAGCCUUCAGCUGUAUACUUUUUAAUGCCUGCUGAAAAACAUUCUUGCUUUGACAAGCCUGUCUGGAUGCUUAGAAAGCCAGUGUGAAUUUUAACCAGCAUUCAGUACUUGAACCUUUGCAUGUUCUAAAGUAUUGCUGGUUUUAUUGUUUUCUGUAAAAGGACUGUUGUUCCUGGCUUCCUCUUUUUCCCUAAUUGAUAUUUACUUCUGUAAUAAUGGUGUAAUAAUGUAGGAAAACAAUUUUUAAAAUGGGGGAAACAAAAAACCAAGCAAUUCCAGAGGCAGGGGACUCGAGGGCCAGGAAGUGCUUCCGGGGGCCACAGCCACUAACCACAGUGGGGUUUCCCCCGCACUUGCAGUGAGAAGAAGCCCUUCCGGGUCUUUGUCCUGCUCCCGCUGCUGCCUGGAUUUGAGGGAGACAUCGCCCAGGGCGGAGGAAACUCCAUCCAGGCCAUUCUACACUUUACAUACAGGUGAGUUUGGAAAGCGAGGCCGGGGGGGGGGGGGAGGAGCAGGUGCAGGAUGGGUGGGUGGGAAUGUGGAAGGCAACUAAAGACACAGCCUGCUCAGUGCGCCAGUACUGGGCAUCGCAGAUCCCCCCCCGAGAUCUUGUGCAAGCUUCCCAGAUCCCUGAGAGAUCUCACACCAUCCUCUCAGGUUCCCGAGAGAUUUCGUGCAAGCGUCACAGAUCCCAACAAGAUCUUUCAGAGCUUCCCAGACCCAGCUUACUGAGCAGGCCUUGCCCCCCAAGAAAGGAAGAGAGCUUAAGAACUCCUUACAGCGAUUGCGCUGUAGAUUAUCCCCCCCCCCCGCCUCUGCCAUUCCCCAUUUCCCCUAAGAUGUUGUUUCACAAGGUUUUUGCUUUGCACCCCACCCUAUCUCAAGGUGUCAAGGAGGGUCCCCAGGACAGGCUGGGAGGGUCUGUCCACAUCCCCCAUUCUCAGCAGGGUGUGUUGGGUUGGUAUCUAGAGCUGGGGGGGGGGCAAGAGGGUGGUGGGGAAGGAGGUGUAUUGGGGGGCACACCCUAAGUGACUCCACUGUCUAAUUUCCCCCCGUCCUCUUUCCCAGGACGCUCUGCCGCGGGGAGGCAUCCAUCGUCAGCCGGCUAAAGGCAGUCAGUAAGUGGGGAGGGGGGUGUGGCAAGAUAAGCCUUCUUCUGCCCCCUCCCAGCCCCAAACAUACUGGGGAAAGCUCAGAACUCUUCGCCUGAGACUGCAUGGGGCAGGGUGUCUCUCUGCCAACCGUAGUCAGAAGAAGGACUCCUAAGGGGGCUUGUGGUUCUGCUGUGGGGCUGUGCUAUGCUGCCCCUAGCUAAAAAUCCCUCUCCUACAAUCCCAGGUACUAUCUGGGCUAAGACAUAGAAUCGUGGGGGCACCCCGAGGGUCAUCUAUUCCGACCCCAUGCAAUUCAAGAAUCAGCUUCCACAGUGCCGAGGGGUGUAGCGUUCCCAAAGCAAGGAAGGAUUAGACUCUGAUUAAUAGAAUACACACGAGGCUUGACCAGCAAGUCUCUGGGAGGAGGUGCCAAUAAUAAUUUCCUCUCCACCCCUCGGCCAAGGUCGUUUUAUUCACAAAAGAACUUAUAACACAGUGUUCGUAAGAACCAAUCAGAUUUCCUCUGAGGAUUUCAAGAAAACCCAUGUGGGACAAAGUCAGAUCAGGGGAAGCCUCUUAACUACAAAGAACUAUUUGCCAUUUGAGCAUGCAUACAUGUUUAAGCUAAAUAAACAGGAACCAAGGAGGAAUGCAUUCAGCAAAACCCUGGAGGUCAUAAACAGGAGGGGCAGGAUGGCAGUAUUUACCAUCUCCUUGUGAACUCUCUUCCUGGCCCUUAAGAUCUAUCUAAAGAUUAAACUACAUCAAAGUAACCCACUAUCCUUAUGUACUGAGGAUGCCUGAGGAAGCAACUGGCCUGUGUUUCAGAAUGCUUAUACGUGCCUGUCAGCAAAUGGCAGAGAUGCAGAGGCUUGUGGGAUUUGAUCAGAAACUAUUGUCACUGAAUCAAACCCAGUCAACGCCAUGCUUUCAUCGCGGACACAAUGGCUCGCUCCAUAUUUCAUAAUUCCUCAUAGCAAUCCCACCUGACCCCCCACACUCUGCACCCCUACAGAGGGGAAAGGCGCUUUACACACGCUCCGAAGCGCCCCUGUUUCCGCGCUCUUUGCAAGCUCCAGAGUUUACCCCCUGGAACUGGAAAGGUAGGCCCCCACAAGCCAGGCACGGCGCUGUCCCUCUAACACCCACCUCUCUCCCUCUUUCCUCGAAAAGUGGGGGAUGCCUGGAAGAGCUACAUCUCCUUCUGCGGGCUGAGGACCCACGGGGAGCUGCGGGGGAAACUCCUGACGGAGCUGAUCUACAUCCACAGCAAGAUGCUCAUUGCGGACGACCGGCGCGUCAUCAUCGGUGAGGAGGGGGGCCCUGGGAACGCCUCUCCCUGCAGGAGGCCACUUGCAGCAUCCAGCGUGGGCUGCUCCCCCCCCCAUUUCCCUUAAUGGCUCCCUUGCUUUCUCCUGCCCCAAGGCUCAGCCAACAUCAAUGACCGGAGUCUCCUGGGGAAGAGGGACAGUGAGCUGGCUGUCCUGGUCGAGGACACGGAUCUGGUGCCGUCCGUCAUGGGUGGGCAGGAGUACCAGGCGGGGAAGUUUGCCCUAAGCCUGCGCCUCGACUGCUUCAGGUGUGUGCCGGCAGGGUUGUCUUCGUCUUCUUCUUUUUUAUUUUCAAUGCAAAAUUACGACAAAAAUUAGAAACAUUGAAUCCAAAAUAAAACAGUGCAAACAAGAAAAAAAUAAAAACACAAACACAAAAAAACACACAUCUACAAAUAAAACCAUAUCAUCAUUCUAAUUUAGUCAUUACAUACAUAUACACAUAUUGACUUCCUUUGUUCUGAGACCUCGAAAUUUUUACUCUUUCAAAGUUGUUGUGUCUAAUGUAGAUUACCUCUAUCUUUAUAGUUUUUACACCAUUUUUCUCUUUCUUUAACCCUGCAAAGCAUCAUUCAUUACAUACAGAUAGGCUUACUCCAGAACAAUGUUUUUUCAUAUACUCUUUAGCACAGGGUUGUCUUCUAGGGGUAAGGGAGGAACAGAGUCAGGGAUCAGGGCCAUGGGGCCUAGAGACACCCCACCCCACUGCGGGAGUCUGGCUGGACAGCAGUGCAGGUGAGAAGGAACUCGGGGUCCCCAUCUUCUUUGGAAGCCAUCCUGGUCAGUGCUUUGCUGCCUCCUGCAGCGGUGAGUUCCAUAGUUCAACGAGGGGCUGCGUGAAGAAGGACUUUAUCUUUCUGCAUCUCCCAACGUUCACCCUCUUUAGUUGCCCUCAACAUCUGCUGCUAUUUUGACAGAGGGAGCAAAACUGCCCUCUUUCCAGUUUCUCCCUGCCUUGCCUCUCUUUAUCGGCGGCUACCGUGUCGCCUCUUCUCGAAAUUAAACCCUCCAGAACAAAUAGUCUCCCGGAGCUAAAGCGGCUUUGUGUGUCGCUGACCUGGGCAAAACCCCUUUUUCCUACCCCGCUGGCAGGUGCGUUUUAGGGGUGGCCUCUGACCUGGACAUUCAAGACCCGCUCAGCGACCGCUUCUUCUGGGACGUCUGGCAAGCCACAGCUUCGUCCAACACCAGCAUCUACGACAAGGUGUGUAGCGGACCCCCAGGGGUCAUCCAGUCCAGCCCCAGGCAGUGCGGGAAUCACGACGGAAGUGCCCUGGAGAGGCAGCCACCCGACCUCUGCUUAAAAUCCUCCCGGGAAGGAGGGUCUUAGGUUCCCCAUUGCUGCCCCAUAGCUUUCCCUUGGAGCAGGAUCUUGCUUGGGGACAGCACCCUGACUCCAACAGGGCCUGCGCCUUAAAUGGCUCAGGGCCCUCGUAUUUACGGGACCGCCUCUCCUGGUCUGCCCCGCAGAGGACCUUAAGGUCCAUGAAUAAUCAUACUUUAGAGGUCCCGGGCCCUAAGGAAGUCAGAUUAUCCUGCACCAGGGCCAUGGCCUUUUCAGUGAUGGCUCCGAUCUGGUGGAAUGCUCUGUCCCAUGAGACUAGGGCCCUGCAGGAUUUAACCUCCUUCCGUCAGGCCUGUAAGACAGAGUUAUUCCACCUGGCCUUUAAUUUGAAUUCAGCCUGAUCUUUUAUUCCCCUUCCUUCCUUCCCUCCCCCUCCCCUUUUUAGGAAGAUUACCUGCUCUGGGAUCCCACAGCUAAUUCUCCCCUGGUCUCCUCGCUGGCCCAAAUAGGACUAAUUUAGCCAGCUAGCCCUGGUGAUCAUCUGUUUAUUGGAUGGAUUUCCCCCCUAAAUUGAUUUUUGAAUUCUGAAUUUAUUGUUAUUCACGUGUUAUACUGUAUUUUAUGCUGUUUUUUUUGGGGGGGGUUGCAUCAAUUAAGUGUUUUAAAUUUGUUGUUAGCCGCCCUGAGCCCGGUCUUCUGAACCGGGAAGGGCGGGGUAUAAAUAAAAAUUUAUCAUUAUUAAUGUUGGGCAUUUUGUUCUCUUUCUCCCCGCAAUUCCUCCUCUCCGCCAGGUCUUCUCCUGCCUCCCCACCGACGCCGUCAAGUCCCGGAGGGACCUGCACCAUCACGUCAGCAAGAAGAGCCUGGCCUCUGAGAGCCCCAUCCUGGCCAGGGACCACCUGCAAAAGGUGCAGGGCCACCUAGUCCAAUUUCCCCUGGAGUUCCUGGCCGAGGAGUAUCUCCUGCCCCCUCUCAACAGCAAGGAGGGCAUGAUCCCCGUGGAGGUGUGGACUUGA